CCAUCGCCAUAUCCAGUGUCCUUUAAGCAGCAGCUCUUGCAGCAAACUCUUCUCGACCAUCUCCAUACCCAAUCUAUAUCUAAUCUCUUGCGACAACCACACAGCCUCGAUUGCCCGCAAAGAUAGACACGCCGCAUCACAUCGGGGCAGAGUGCCAUACAGCUACUUCCGAAGAGACAAAACCACAACAACAGCCAUCAUGAGCAGUAAACCAACGCCCAGAAAGCCGCGGCACAACCGCCAUCCCUCAAACCGCAUCCCCGCCAUCUCCGACUACGAAUCCGACGCCGCCAUCACAACAUCCAGAUACGAGGCCCCGCCGCCGCGAACAAACACCGAGCUCAACCUCUCCGUGCUCCAGCGCUACCUGCCGUCCAUCAGCAGGAUCCUGAGCAUCGCCGCCAACGCCGUCGUCUACACAUUCGACAACGCAAGCCAAGGCUGGGAAAAGUCCGGCAUCGAGGGCACCAUGUUUGUUUGCGCGCAGACGCCGCUGCCAGAGGACCCCGACCACCGCCCUCGGGCCUGCGUCUUUGUUCUGAGCCGUCGUGGCCUUGACAAUGUGAUUGUUGAUUUGGCGAGUGUGGGCCAUGUUGAGAUCAUGGGGGAGCUGGUGAUUCUCAAGGUCGAGGGCCAUUGGGAAGAGGGUGAGAAGGUCGUUGGGCUAUGGAUCCAUAAUGACGAGGAGGGAACUCGGGCUACCAAUGGAGCCAUCAUUGAAGAGAGCUGGAAGAUUGCCCGUGCUGCCGGGACGGUGGUAGAUGAGGGCCCAAGGCCAGAGGCUGGUCCGGCAAUGCAGGCUAUUGGUCGUCCUCUGACGCUUAACGAGCUAUUUGGGAGACAACAGGCGGCGGGGGGGAGCUGAACGUCUCUGAGGCACAAGGAAUUAUUUGACAUUGUAGCUUUUUAUUAAUCUGACACGAAAUUGACGACUGUUUUUCGAUAAGAGGGCAUUGAGCGAGGUACGGUUAUUACAUGGCAGGAAAGAGAGGAACCAGCAUAUCUAGCAAUUGAGCCAUUACAGGAGGAAGAAAUAAUGUUACAAAGAUUACACCAGAGGCAUU